ACGUUUAAUUGAAAAAGACGUUGAUCGAGAAAAUGCCAGUUAUAAUUAUUAAAGAUUAUUCUUGGCGUCAAACUUCAGAAUUUAUUGUAUUAAAUGUACCUUUAAAAGGAUAUCCGAAGAAGGUUGACUUAUUUGUAAUAGAUAAUUAUAUAAAGGUCAGUUUUCCACCGUUUAUAUUAGAAUUAUUUCUUUGGGCUAAUAUUAUUGAAAAAGAAGUAAAUGCACUUUAACGGAAAAUGAAGCAAUAUUUACUUUGCGUAAAACGAAUAUUAAUUUACAAUGGCCUACUUUGGAAGUUCAAGAUAUUAACAAUGAUUUUAAACGACAGUGCCGUAUUCAAGCUUUAGAACAUGCUCAAAAACAUGCUGAAGAAAGAAUAAAAUUUAAAAAUGAAAAACGUCAAUAUUUACAAAAAGAAGCAGUGAAAGAACAAAUUAAUAUUAAUACAGACACAUUGAAUAAAAUAGAAAUAAUACGAGAUACACAUCGGAAAGAAGCAAUGCAGGAAUUUGAAGAUUGGAGAUCGAAAGCUGAAUUACCAUUUCUUUCUAAUAUUGAUGGAAAAACACAAGAAAAUAGAAAAGCUUAUAAACCACCGUUAAAAUGGUUUAAAAAUAAGGAUAAUGCAUUAAAAUCUCAAUCAAUUACCGAAAAAGAAAUAUUUAAUAGUACAACUAUAAAGGAAUUUGAAACUAAUAUAAAGAAUGAUGAACAGAUUUCAGAAAUACAAUCAAUAAAUAAGGAUCAAGAAAAUAAUAGUAAAACAGAAAUGACAAUAAAGGAAGAAGAUAAUAAAAAUGACACUAGUUGCUCUGAAGAAUCUGAAUCAGAUUAUGAAAUUUCAUCGCAUAGUUCAGUACAAGAAAUGAACAAAAAUAAUAUAAAAAAAUUUUAUAAUAAAAAACAGAAAAGACCAGGAUUGGAAACUGUAGAAGCUGCGAUAAAGGGUAAUAUUUUAAAAAGAAAUAAUAUAUUUGAAGAACCUUCAAAAUCGGUACCGUUACCAAGAAAAAUAGGUAUAAUCAAUAUCACAUUUUCGGAACGGAAAUUUCCAACACCAGCUAGGGAAAGUUCUCAUGUCGAAGAACAAGAAUGGUUGCAGAAACAGGCAGAAGCGAGGCGUAAAAUUGGUUUUGAUGCGGAAGAUCUUCGACCAGAAGAACGAGAUCCCCAAUGGUUAAAGGAUAAAGGAGAUGAAUUUUUUAAAGUCGGAAAUUAUUUAGCUGCUAUAAGCGCUUAUACGUAUGGAAUUAAGAUUAGUGAUAAAAUGGCAUCUCUCUAUGUAAAUAGAUCAGCAGCACAAUAUGCAUUAGGCAAUUAUCGUAGAUGUAUAGAAGAUUGUUCUAAAGCAUUAGAGUUAAUGGAACCAAAAUGUGAAAGCAAUCAAGAGUCAAGGGCUAGAUGUCACGCUCGACGAGGCGCAGCACUUUGUAAAUUGUCGGCUCCUCAGCAUGGUAUUCCUGAACUAGAAACUGCUUUGAAAUUAACACCAGAUAAUGAAAGUAUAAAACGUGAUGUACUGGUCGCAAAACAAUACUUCGGUAUGAAAGACUAAUUGCAAAAAGUAAGUAGGUGAACUAGAUUAUUUGACUAACUAAAAAAGUUGA